AGGUGAGAGUGCAGGUACACGCUGAGUGAGAGUGUUCACGCACACAGCAGAGCAGAUCAGCACCAUGCAGGCAGUGUGGUUAGUGUGUGUGUGUAUGAGUGUGUGUGUGGCAGCUUUAGCUCUGGAAGCGGAUUAUCCGAACGCCCUGGUAGAACGGGACAGUGAGAAUGGGACAGAUUCAGACUCGCCUGCCAAUGCCAUCUCAAACACACCUGCAGCAGAGACAGCGAUGGUAGAAUCGAGUGAGAUAUCAAAGGGCAAGAGUGCAGACGAAAGCCUGAGAAAGACACACUCCGGGGGUACGGCUGCAGACACAGAGAUGCCCAUGGGGCGGACGCUGGCCGUGUGGGUGGAGCUCGCUUCCGUCUUGGCAAGGAGGAGCGGAGCAACAGGUAGACUGAACACAAUACUGAAUGAGCUCAGAGAGGAAAAGAAGCGCCUCCUGGGCCUGGAGAGUGAAAGUGAUGAGCAGGUGAAGAAGAAGAAGGAAGACGAUGACGAUGAUGAUGAGGAGGAGGAGGAGGAGGAUGAAGAAGAAGAAGAAGAAGAAGAGGAGGAAGGGGAAGAGGAAGGCCAGGAAGAAGAAGAGGAAGAGGAGAAUGAAGCAUCUAAUAACAGCACUGCGUCCAGAGAUAGCUUCACAGACUUGCUGCCAGAAGAAUGCCAGCUGGGCGGAGGCCGCAUUUCCUGCAAAGACAUUGGCAUGUCCCAUUUGCCCAUCAUCACUGACCUCAGCAUCACCAUACUCGAGCUAUCUGGAAACAACCUCACCAGAUUACCUCCUCGGGGUCUCUCUGGUCUGCCUAACCUGGAAGAAGUUGACCUGAGCAGGAACUUGUUGGAUGACUCCUCUAUCAGUCCCAAUCUCUUUGUGAACCUGACAAAGCUGAAAAGACUGACCCUUGACGGUAAUGAUCUAGUGACAAUCCCACGUCUGCCGCCAUCUCUGGAGGAGCUGAGAAUCAAUGACAACAAAAUAAACCAACUGCUUUCCCAAAGCUUCAAAGGUUUGUCUAACCUGCUUGUCUUGGAGCUGACAGGAAACAUCCUGUAUGAGGGCAGUGUAGAGCUCUGGGCCUUCAGACCUCUGAAGGUGCUCAAGCAUUUGAAAUUAGACAACAACCGAUUCAGCUCCAUCCCAAAUGGACUGCCUCGCUCCUUAGAGGAUUUGAGGAUGUCCCAUAAUCAGAUAGUGGAGGUCCAGGAUCAUGUUCUGAAUAAGUCUGUCCACCUGAGAGUGCUGGAUCUGAGUCAUAAUCUCCUGAGAGAGAACAGUUUCUACCCUGGAGCCUGGAUCAACCUGCCGAAGUUGGAGGCUCUGGACAUGUCUCACAAUCAGUUGUCUGUGGUGCCCCCUUACCUGCCCAGAGUUUUACGGCAACUAUCUCUCCAGCACAAUCACAUCCGUGCUAUCCCCCAUUACACACUGAGCCACCUUCGCCCAGGCCUCCAGUCCCUGCGCCUCUCUCAUAACCAGCUGGUGGAGGAGGGGCUCCUGGGAAAGUCCUUCCGGGGUGCCUAUAAAACACUGGUGGAACUUCUACUGGACAACAACUGGCUUGAAAGUCUCCCGGAGAACAUCCGCCACUUCAAGCACCUGCAGCUGCUGCGACUGGAUCACAACCGCAUCACCUCUGUCCCAGUGAAGUCCGUGUGUAAAGUCAGAAUGACUGAAUCCUCCCCUCUGGUGGCUCUGCACCUGGAGAACAACCACAUCAAUGUGAAGAAAAUUCGCCGCACCGCUCUCUCCUGCAUCCGGGACCGUCAUGGGGUCAUACUAGAACCUCAAACUACUAAUGAAAUCCAGUAGAGCCCUAUGAAAUGCAUCAGCACUUUUCUGCUCAAGUUCUUUUAACUACGUCUGGUGCUAAAAUACAAUCGUCAGAAUUAUUUAUUCAGUUAUAAAUUAAGAGCAUGAUAUUUCUAUGUUUUUUCAGUCAAUGUUUGUCCUUCCCAUCCUCAUUCCUCUCUCCAUACCAUUGCAGUACUAUUGCUUAUUCUGUAAACAAGACUGUUCUUUUUGGACUUGGUCUUGAUGCCAAAGCUAUUUCAGUAUUUGCUGAUAUCUGUGCUGGUAUUACAGUUCUUUUGCCAAAUGUUUGUAAGUGUAUAAACUGUCUUUUCACAAUACUUGAUGAUCUUUUUCUGCAGUCUAUGUUUGUUCUUGUUUCUUUAUCAUGAUAAACAAGGUUUAUGUCAAAUGUCUUCUUGAUUCACGUGUAUAUGAAUCAUCCCUUACAACAAAAAGCAAUACCACGAUGACAACUGGCAGUGAAAAUUUCAGAGCCUGCAAUGAUAAUGUUUGCAUGAUGUCUGCUAGAGUUUAGCCAACGGUGAUAGUACAGGUUUAUAGGCCACUGAUGUCCAUGCCAUAAAUAGUUUAUAUAAUUGAACCCAUUUAUAUGGGUUACUAACUGGAAGUCUGUCAUACUGUACUCAGAAUGGAAUACAAUCAUAGGCUUUGCGUGAGUAGGUAAAUAACUUAAAAGGACUAAAAGAAAAUCUGAAUGACAAGGUAAUGAGAUGGAGCUUAUGGGCUGUGAGGUCUUGUGCCUUCAUGUCUGAGUAGGGCCGCUUGGCACAGUCGAUGCCAGGGCCCUUGGGUACGGAAAGGUUCACUUCAGUGCAUUAGAACCUUACGUUUUUCAUAACCAUAAGCUUGAGACGCCUUGAAGUUGCCAUAGAAUGCAUUUGUUCAGUAUUUUCGUUCUCUGACGUCUAUGUAGAAGGUAUGUUGCUUUGGUCAGGCUGAAAAAUGCCCAAAUAUGGUUUUACAUGCCCAUUUACAUCCAUAUGAUUUGGCUCUAGAAUGAAAUGAGCCGUUUCCCUUUUUCAUUGGGGUCAUGAAUAAUUUGAUGAGCUCUGAUUUGCUGGUUUACAGUGAGGCAUCAUGUGGCUCACACAGAAGCAACAUGUCGAAACUAUUUAGUUAGCUAUGCUAGUUAUUUGGCGCUUGCUAGUAGCUAACUCUACCUACACUAGCUACUUGCUUUCGAUCUCAACAGCAACACAAAGUAGACUAAAGUUGUUCAAUCACUAUGAAACCUUCAUUUUAAGAUGAUCUAUCUUCAAACGUCAAAAAAAUGGAUAAAAUCACACAGCAUGGCUGCUACUUACAGGUUGCAGUUGGGGUUGUGAUGCUAAUAAAGUUGGAAGUGUUUCAUCAUCUCUUUAGUGUCAAAUGUUGAGCGGAGCUGCUAGAUAAUGUCCAAGGUUUGAUGAACUGUACAGAGCGAAAUGUGCAGAGCAAACGAACAAGUUUAAAUUCAAGUUGUCUUGUUAAACAUGUUGAAGCUUGUUUUGGGAAUCUUCCAUUCCACCUUAACGCACAUUCUGGCACCUGUACAAGCUGCAGCAUUUAAGGUGGAAUGGAACAUUCGACUAAGAAUUUGGUGAAUAGGAAGCCAGCUUGAGCUUUGAUUAAAGAUGAACAUCAGCCAUGCUUUUGGAAGUUCGGGGCCUUGUCGACUUCCCCUUCACAGUCUGAAACGGACAUUUCUGCACAUAGCCUCCAUUUUCAUUCCUGUUGCUCUGUCACUGUUGUUUUGAUGGGCUAGAAAGUGGGCUGUUGCAUGUAGAUUUUCAGGGUGUAAAUAUUAAUGAGUCAAGAUUGUUACAGAACAGUUUAGGAGUUUAGGAGAAUUGUCCUCUUUAAGGUUCCCUUUUGCAUAUGUGGGAUUUCCAUUUGAAGGAGUAGACAACAGUAUUUGAAAUUUCUUGUACCUGUCAGUUCCAUGUACUGAACUCUAUUAACUCAACUAUGCCAAUGUAAAUACAGUUUCUUCUCCUAUUUCAUAUUAAGCUGUUGUCUUCUAUAGUGUGUUCUCUGGUUUGCGUAGGUCUUCAUACAAAGGCUGCUGGGCAAAGUGAUAGAAUGUUUGCUCCUUUCUAAGUAAAUGUAAUAAAAUUUCACCCCAGGGACUCCUUUGGGGCCAAGAGAGCAGAAGUGCAAUCAAAAUCAGAGCAGAAGUAGCACUACAGUGAUUAUAGAGUGUAAAUGCAAAAUGAAUAUAGAAUCUGGACCACAGAAUCAAGGGGCAAUGGAACAUUCUAGACUUAUUGCCUUUGCAGAAGAAUUGGCUAGGGGUCUGGGGGGAAAUCAUUCCCUAUUUGAAAUUACCUAAUAGUUUUUCAUGUGCUUAGGGCUGGGCAUGAAAACCAUUGUAAAAAUAGUUGAUUUAUACCUG